AUGGUGGAAUCAGUGGAAGAGCUUAGGAAUGAGGUUUUUUCUCAUUUUGAGCGCAAGUUUUCUAAAACGGAGGCAAUUAGACCUUCGUUGGACGGAAUUCCUUUUAAGGAUAUUAGUAGGGAGGCGGAGGAGGAGCUUGAGAAACUGUUUCUUGAGAAUGAGAUUAAGACGGCGAUGUGGGAGUGUGGAGGGACGAAGAGUCCGGGCCCAGAAGGAUAUUCUUUUCUUUUUAUAAAGAAGUGUUGGAACAUUAUUAAAGAAGACGUUAUCAAUUUUUUCAACUAUUUCUUUCAAGGAGAAUAUGUCGGUGGCGGCUAUGGGGGGUUGGAUGGAAGAAGUGUGGCGGCGGGGGACUUGGGGCUGCCCGGUUUUGUGGCGGAGGACCCGGUGCUAUCGCCUCAAUUGUUGUCUCUAAAGGGCCGUUUGGAGGACUUUAAUGGGUGGACGGAUCCAGAACUUAGUUAUAUUGGAAGUGGUGAGUAUACUGAUUUCAAAGGCAAGACAGCAGAUAGAAGAAAGCAUGGUGGAAAAAAAGCUGCUUCCUUUCCAUGUGUUGUAGAGAUUAUGCAGAGUUUGAUCAUCUCAUGCAACGGAGUUACCUUAGUUGAUUACUUUUUCAAGUCAAUGCAUUAUUCAGUUUCUGAAUCUUCAGUUAUGGUUACCAACUUCUUGGGAACAGCUUUUCUGCUCAGCAUUAUUUGGGGAUUUAUCAGUGACUCUUACAUUACAAGAUUCACUGUAUUUGUAUUUUCUAGUGGCUUAGAACUUAUGGGACUACUCAUGUUAACAUACCAAUCACAAAACCCUAAAUUGCAGCCACAAGAGAAUAAAACACCAUCAUACAUUCAAGCUAUUUACCUUUAUAUUGGACUUUAUUGUACAGCCAUGGGAAUUGGGGGAGCCAGGUCUACCUUGGCUGCACAUGGGGCUGAUCAACUUGAUCAAACCAACAAGAGUCUCAUUUCCUCUUACUUCAGUUGGUAUUUUUUUAGUUUAUGCGCAGGAGGUCUUUUGGCAACAAGUGUUAUGGUUUUAAUUGAACAAAAAUAUGGAUGGAGUACAAUUUUUAUGAUAAUGGUUUUUGUUUCAAGUGUAGCAUUAUGCACUUUUGUGUCUGGUUUUUCAUUAUAUAGAUAUAAAUGCCCUAGUGGAAGUCCUGUGAAUCGGAUCAUUCAGGUACUUGCUGCUUCAGUAAAAAAUACAAAGGUGCCAACUAUUGAAAGUUUGAAUCAUGACGUCACAGAACAAUUACUUCCUCGAGAGAAAUCUCAUGAUAAAUUCAAGUUUUUAAACAAAGUGUUGGUGGAUAAAAACAUUGGUGUUGCUCAAGUUACGGAAACAAAAACCUUCCUAGGACUUCUCUCAAUUUUUCUCACAACAAUCAUGGUGAAUUGUAGCCUGGCGCAAUGCUUAACAUUCAUAGUACAACAAGGGAAUCUUAUGAAUAGAAAGAUAUACAGUUUCACAAUCCCUACACAAUCUCUAGCAAUUAUUCCAAUCAUAAUAUCGCUUACAUUCAUAAUUGUAUUUGAACAAUUCAAACACAUGAACAAAAGUAAAGGCAUAACUACCAACAAUAAAUUUUACCAGCCACUUUUUAGGAUAAGAAUAGGAUUGGCAUUGGUAUCAAUAUCAAUGUUUGUGGCUUCAAUCAUGGAAUCUAAAAGGCUCGAAGCUUUCAAGAAUGAGAAUACACUUUCUGUCUUUUGGUUAAUGUUCCAGUAUGUGUUAUUAGGGUUCUCUGAAACACUUACAAUGGGAGGAAUGCUUGAAUUUUUUUACUCAGAAGCACCUGAAAGUAUGAGAAGUAUUUGUACUUCAUUGUCUUGGUGUUCAAGUUCUAUGGGGAUGUUUAUGAGUUCUGUAUUGGUGACUCUAAGUAAUUCAAUUAGUGGAAGAUUUGGCAAUAAAUGGUUUGGUGGAAAAGAUUUGAAUCAUUCUAGGUUGGACUAUUUUUAUGCUCUUCUUGGUGUUAUCAAUUUUUUUAAUUUUUCCCUUUAUGUCUACUUUGCCAAAAGGUACUAA